CAGCAAUAAUCAUGAUGGAUGUUGAUGGAGACCUUUCAGUUUGUAAUCAGUGCGGAUUCCCACUGUAUGAUGCUGUUAUGGCAAGUCAUACAAAAUACUCGUGUUGUUCAGCUGACAUAAACAAUUUUGAUUUCUGGUGAGUGAGUGGAGAGAGAUAGUAACUAUAACAAAGCCAUUUUGUUGCUCUUUUGUCACUUGUAGAUGAAUUAAGGGCUUGGCAAGUCCAUUACAAGCUAUCCAAUUGGUACUCACAGAAAGAAUAUUGAUGAGCCACAAUUUUUUUUAGGUUUGUUUCAAGUGUAUCCAAUAUGAGUUUUCCAAUUUUUAGGGUUGUAGAAGUUGUGUUUAAUCUUCAAAUUUACAUUGUAUACCCAGACAAUUCUGUGCAUUGAAAGUGUGAUUUUUAUUAAUGUUACUUUUAUUAAUGAUCUAAAAAACUAAAAAAAUAGUUAAAAAAAUAUAUUGCAAAAAGAAACAGUUUGAAUAUAAUUAAAGCACUGAGUCACAUUUCCUUAAUAAUCACAUAACCCUGUGCCGAUUUUGUUCUUUAUUCCUGUAAUUUUUGAUGGCAGUACAAGGCAUUAAUUAAAUGCAGUUAAAUGUAUGCCUUCCAAUGUCCUGGAUACCAUAUCUUCCUUUAAUGUGAUAUGGCUACCAGUAAGAACUGAAUGCGAAGUUAAAUACUAAAUAAUUAUCACUUGGUAUCUUGGGUCAAAACCAGUAAAGUACUUGUUAGAAAACAAGAAAACAGCUGCUGAAGGUGUGGCACCAGACCAGUGAAUAAGGAACUUGAAAUUGAAUGUCAUUUAUUCUUGGGUUUAACUCUGACUGGAUUAAUUAAGAGCCUUCCAUUUAGAUGUUUCAUUGUUCCUCUUCAUCUUAAGAAUUCACACAUUAGUUCAAAGAUAUAAAGUUAUAUUCAUUCAUAAUCUUACUUCAGAAUGUAUCAGCAACAAGAGUUAUUACAAUUCAGAACCAAAGUAUCGCUUGAUAAGAUUGCAGAUUAGAACACCUCAAAUAAUUUCAAACCUAGUUGGACUUAUGGUGAUAACAUGAAAACUUAUAUUUAAAAUGGAAUAUUACUUGUCUGCAUAAAAAGAGAACAGUCCUGUUAUGAACUUAGAAAAAUGGAUAUCACUCAGUCCCUUUUACUUAUUUGCAGUUAAGACAUUCUUUAGUCCAAACAAUAUGACUCACAGUCGUGACUAAUUAAAGUAAUUUAAAACAGUAAAGCAAUACAUGAUAAGUUUCCUAAUUAAGAUCACAUAUUAUUUCAUUCUUUAAUGCUAAUCAAAGGCAAAGGCAAAAUAAAUAGACUAUUUUGUUGUGGGAACUGUUAAAUUUGAUUGUUACAUGUGUAAUUUUGUUAUUAAUUUUUAUUUGUUAUUUUUUGGUUUGUGUGUGUUUGCAGAUUAAUGGUAAUGUAAGAUAAGUAAAGUUAUUAAUUUUAUAAAUGUUUCUCAUCUGUAUUGUAGGUGAGUCUGGUUGAUCGUUUAUGUGAGUAUUGUUUAAGUUGAGGUGUGGCUUUACACUGUUGUUAAUGUUAAAACUGUAAGCAAUGUUUGUCUUUGAAAUGUACGGUUAAUUGUUUUUAGAGGGUUGAUUCAUUCAAUUGCUAUUGAACUGGUUACCUAUUGAUACUAGUUACUUAUUGAUACUAGUUACUUAUUGAAAAGUGUAAAUUGUGAAAUUGAAAUGAACAUAUUAGUCCAAGUGAUGUUCUAGCAUAUUCAGAGUCACAUGAAAAGUCACCUAGUUGACAUAAUUUCAUGGUCUUAUAGAGUAAGUGAACUUCUUGUUAUUAAACUGAUUUCACCUAAGGAGUUUUGUCUUUAAAAACAUGGUCAAAAGGCCAUGGAGACUCUGUUUUAUAAGCCAGCCUUGUUUUCAUGCCAAGUGAGAGCAAGUCUAGUUUUUACAUAAGAAUUUAGUGCAAAUUUAUCUUGUUCAACAAAAACAUGUUCAUUCUUCCCUUGAGAUGAUAUGCAAAUGUUUGUAAACGAAAGUAAAACUAUAGUAAUUAGUACUUUCCUAUAUAUGAGUGUUUUUUGCAUAUUCAGAGUCACAGUCAGUCAUGUUACAUGAUUCAUGAUUUUUUUGAGUGAGCAAACUUCCUGCUAAGAAACUGACUUCACAUUAGAAAUUUAGUCAUAGAAAACAUAGUCAAAAGGCAAGGGAACCCCUUUUUAUAGUCAGCCUCAUUUUCAUACUGAACAGUGGUUUGUCCACGAAAACACCUUAACACAAAACUUAUACCACAAUUUGACUUCACAAACUACUAUUAAACCUUUUCUAACUUUUGGGUUGUUCAAAACCUCAAUUUUCCAGUCAUGGCUUCUGGACUAUAAUGAUGAUGUCUUUACCUGCCAUUUUCCUCCUGAACUGCGCAGACACAAGGCAGAGAAGUGCCUUGAAUAUUGAAAAGAAUCACUGAUUAUUCUACUUAAGUUUAUAACCUUCUCAUCUUGUGUAUAAAUCAACUCUCUUUUACUUGAAUUGUUUUGACUAAUGGUUAUCUGAGCAUUAUUAGUAGAAUUAGAAGAAUGGAAAAGGUUGAUUUUGGUGCAGUCCCGUGAGUGAAGUGGGGAAUGUGGUUAUCAUAUAAAUAGAUUGGAACAAACAAUAGAACAGUUUCAGGGGUCAGACAAAAGUCUAGCUAUAUGCUUCUUACAUGCUUUGAUUACUGGAUUUCUCAAUUUUAAAUGGGGUCUAGUUCAAUUAGUUUCAAUGUGAACAAAUGUGUUGAGGAAAGUUGGCUUGGUGUUGGUGCGGGAAAUAUAUCAUUUCUCCCUCUUUGCUCUCCCAUUUUUCCACUUGUUUACCCCUUCAGAUUGUUAAAAUACAGUAAUGUUUAAUUCAGCCACAAUUAACACUGACAAUACACAGUCAUCAUUCCCAGUAAAACAUGUAUUUUAGUGAUAAGUGAGUAUAUUCCAUCUCUUGGCCAAUAAAGGAUGAUAUUACUACCUAUUUUUCAACAUUCCUUCAAAUUACCCCACCAUUCAAAUAUUCAAACAGUUAUGCAGUUUAAAAAGAUUUCAAAGCUCUUAAAAACUGACCUUUGUGUGGGUUUUAAUUUUAAUUAAUCCUCAGGCGUUUGAACACUUCACCCGGAAUGGUUUGUCUAAGCAAUGAGAAACCAGCCUUUUAUUUCGAGGUAGGAGUUAAAAGAAGAGUGCCUCAAUAAAGAAGUGUUUUUGUUCUUUGGCCAUCCUUUUGGGAAACUUUCUGUUAUACAUACAUGUAUAUUUGAUUUUUAUUUUAAAUAACUUUUGACAUAAAUCCCAGUGUCAGGUAGCAAUUAAGACCCUCCUCUAUGCUCCUCUGAUCGACAUGCUGUGGGAUUGGUAAAUCUCAAACUAUUAAGUUUUAUACAUCUCAACUAAUUCCUUGAUUUCAGUAUAUGUCACAAAUGUUACUUUUACUAAAGCAUGAAACUCCUCAACCUCUUCAAGCUGUAAUUGAAUAACUUACAAAGUUGGAUGUACAUGUGACCUCAACAUAGCAAUAAGACAAAACAAUAUGUCAUUGGUGAAAACAGUAGAAACUUCACUCAGAUGAUGGGGUUUCUUAGGGACCAGUUGCUAAAAUUUUUGUGUUAUGUUACACAAACUAACAUGUAGAUAGUUAUCAUGUCUGUGCCUUUCCAUGCACAUGCAAUGAUCCAAGUAAUGUCCACUGAGUUAGAAUUACAAUAGUUAACAACUCAAAACUAUUUGUGUUGAACUCUUUUUAGAGGGAUAAGAAGUUUUUUGAUCCUGGUGGCUGCAUGGCUGAAAAUCAUAGUCCUACCAGAAAACAAAAGCAAACAUCUAUGAAAUAUGGUGAACGCAAAGUGAGUCAGAUGACAUUUAAUCAGUAUGAGUUAAUUGAUUAAAUAGUCAUGGCAAACUUUAACCCUUUAACUCCCAAGAUCUCAUUAGUAAUUAUCCUUAAUCUCUUUCAUCCAGUUCUUGUGAAGUUGGUUUGGAGAAUUUGGGAUUGGAUCAAUUUAUAAUCCCCUAAUUUAUAUUUUUCUUUAUUCUCAACACCUGUCUGCUUAAUAUUGUAUUGAUGUUGUGAGGAGAAAUUCUGUCUUGGUCACUCAUGGGAGUUAAUGGGUUAAUCUUAUUUAGAGCUACCUUCAGUCUUAGCUGACUGAACAGACAAAUUAUUUUUUUUUUGGAAAUUUGCUGAUUCAGCAGGUCAGCUCUGAGUCAUAACAACUCCCUUAAUUUAGUACCAGACCAGUCUGGACAGACAGGUGUGACUAAUUAUAAACAACUUAAGACUCAUUCAGAAAUUGUUAAUUCGAUUGCAAUUGGUUCAAGUCAUUUGCGUUGAAUCAACGUUAGCUUAUCUUUUCAAACUAAAAUUACAGUACUUUACUUUUGUAUGCAAUUAUAUAUUGCAUCAGUUAUCAUAAAUCAAAAUUUCAAACACACAAGGUAAAAUUCCCUCGUGAGGUAAACCAUUAUUUGUUAGAAGUUUAACGGCCUUUGGAUAUGCUCUGAUCUUAUGCAUCAAUCAAUUCAAAGCUUCAACAUUCCCUUCCCCCCAUGGCAACCCGUCCCAUGGCAUUCGAACUUUUUGAAGAUUGAGUUGUUCAAAGUCCCACCCUCCCUUGGGUAAAAAUUGUAUUCAAAUGCCCCACCCAAGUGCCGGUUUUGAUGGUCAAUUUUUUUGUAAACAGCAAAAUCAACAACCAUGACCUCCAACACUUUGACCAAGCUUUAGAACCUCGACUUUGUAGACCAUUUCUUCAGAGCCUUAUGCUCGCUAGAGUGAACUAUUUACCCCUAAAUGCCCCAAUAUUUUAAGUUAUAACAAUUGUAUUCUGCUGGAAAGACUUGACAAUUCAAGUUCAAAUUUCCCACCCCAGCUAGGCAAGGUUCAAAUUCCCCACCCCAUAGGCAUGGACGAUGGUCAAGUACCUUGGGUUGCCCGGGGGAUGGGUGGAAUGUUAAAGCUUAGAAUUGAUCAGCGCAUUAAAUGCUAAAGAAAAAAAAUUAUUAGAAUGCCAAUAAUAUUUGUCAAAAUUUGCCAAUUUUUCCAGGAAGAGCCAUGUGGCACACAGUUGUCUACAAAAGAGAACCUUGUUAAUGAAAGAGACAACAGUGAAUCUGAGGGAGCAGUGACAGUGAAUGCAAACGCCAUUUUGAGCAAGGAAAAGGCAGGUUCUUUCUUUAAAUUAACAUUUACCAAUUAUUAAUUCUUGAUUUUCUCUUGGGCAUUGUCAUGACUUUCAAUCUCUUUUGGAAGUAAAAUUUUUAAUUGUGAAUCGCCUUGAACGCGUGCCUAAUAUUUUUCAAUGACUUUGGACAGGCGUAUUAUACCUACCUUUGUGGAUGGUGUGAUGCUCAAGCUUACAUGUAAUUGCCUCUAUGAACUUGUUAAGCUACGAAGGCAAGUAGUUGUGACCACUUUUGUCAUACCUUUACAAAAGAAACUGAAGCCCUUCAGGUGUACUUUUGAAUGACUGUUUGAUCUUUUGUUCUACGAUUAAGAGUGACUAUGAAUUGAAUAGGGCAAUUAAGUAUUAUCAACUGAGUUGAUAACGCAAAUUAGCCACCGUAAAGAGUUUCAAUGCUGACGUUUCGAGCGUUAGCCCCUCGUCAGAGCGAAAUUUCGCUAAUAAUACUACAAUACUACCCUGUUGUGCUCUCCCACCGACGCAGCACCACAGUUUGUUUAGAAACUUACCCCUUUCUAAACUGAAAAAUCAAGCGAACAAUUGAAGAUCGCAAUCUCAAUUGCUAGCUCGAUUCAGUAGUGGAAAGCGACUGGGUACAAACUAUUAAAUGUUUCACUCAUCAUUAAUACCGCAAUGAGCGAUGACGUGUUUUACAAGAAUUAAGUAAUCAAUCGGUCGUUCUGUCUACAAUUAUGGGAGUUUAUAUGAUAUGUGGUUGAUGUGCACAGUUUCACUUCUUUAAUAAACCAACAUCAAUCUCACUCUCCCUGUUUUACUUUUCUUUAACCAUCUGUGUGACUUUUUUAUCCUAUCGAUGUACAGCGUGGUACUGGUUGGAUUCAAGCUCUGCACGGCUAUUUAUUUCAUGCCAUAGACGCUUGAGCCCAAAUUUUGUCUUGCCUUCAGCUCCACCAGUGGUUCCCAACUUCGUUGCCCAAAUUAAUACUUUCAAAAAUUUUUAUCUCUGUUAAAUAGCCAAAAGAUGUAAGCACCAAUGAAGACAGAGAACUCCAAGUAGAUGAAGGUUUGCAAAUCCCGUCUACGAACAGAAAGGUGAGUUCUGGUAUAGCAGCAGUUGUAAAUGGCUAUACGAAUCGUAUGCUCCCUAAUCCUACCAGAUAAUUUUGUUUCCUCUCUUAAGGUCAACUAAUGAUUUUAUAUCCGAAACUGAAAUCACUUUCAUGCAUUCCCUUAGUCAGACAUAAAUUUAAGACGCUGAAAUAACAGAACUUAGUUCAUCUUUGACUGAAUAGGCGAAUGGAAGGACGGGCCAACAACAAAAAGAUGGAUGGUUUGUAACAACCACACAACAGUGUUCUCUCAAACACUUCGCAACGGCUCUUUGCUUUGUUCCUUUUUCCUGAUCAGAGAUGAGAAUUUUCCUUAUGUAUUAUCACCAACCCAGUGCUCUCACUAAGUUUUUAAGGCCAGGUAGUGAUUGAUUUUUGAACACAGUAACAAAAAGAAAAAAGGUCUUGUUUUGGUGGUGAGUUGUUUACUAAACUCUGCCCUCGCUUAUUUCCGAGUUAUGAAAAUAUGCCGGUAAACAGGCGCUGGUUUCCGAUUUUACUCGAUCUAGUUUCCCCAUUUUUUUCCAGCAGUAGAGUGAAACAAGGAACACAAACAUUGAUAAACUAGAAUGAGUUUUAUCACUCAUUUGUGUUAGAAGAGAUCAGACACUAUUCCGGCUUAAAAGCCAGUGAGAGAGCAGGAUAAUUUUUCCACCUGUCACUUGUUAGAGUGCCAUACUGACGAGUCUCCCUUGGCCUAUGAGGCCAUCCUCAACAUCUUCGGAAGCCUCGAUUUUCAAUCCUGCUAUCUGAUUGAUCGUGACACCCAUAUCAAGUCACGUGGCACAAUCCCUAUCAUCUGUCUCAAUGGUAACUACAACGACAAGAGCCCAUCAACCUGUGCAUUUUGUUUAUGUCAGUGCUUUACUACUCUGUUUUUUCCCCCUCACAGAUUUUAAACGAGGCGCGUCAAAACUUUGAAGACCUCAGUGGCUCACAAUCCUCUUGUAUCAGCGACGAGGUCAGUUACAUGCGAGCCGUUGCCUUUACUUUUUGCGUUCGGUUUACAGUGAUUUAAGACACUGAUAACUUUGAGCAACAGUAACCCUUACUGGUUAUCAGUUGACUGUUUUGGAUUCGGGGAGGUGUAGGUGCACACUCAGAUACUGACAUUGAUCCACAACUUCAUACCUUAGGUGGUCGCCCCGGAAACCUAUUCUUCAAGACGCUUGUUUGAAUUACAGCUGGGCAUCAGCUAUUUUUAUAUCGAACCCUAGCCUUCACACUGUUUUUGGUAGAAGACUAUUUUCUCGACACUAAGCAUGGCUGUUACUUAUUCUGUUUGGCAGAUGCAUUUGGCUUCGUUAAUUAUGAAGCGAUCAGUAAAUAAAAGUGACACUUGAAACGCAUGUUUUCUCAUAUAGAAAGGAAAAUCUUAUAACUUGCUGUUGUUUUCGUUGUGGUUGUUUUUGGCAUAGUUAUUUAUCAUAAAUGUUUUGUUUAAAAAAAAAACUGAUCUUUUAACGUCGAAUUUUACUCAAAAGAAAUUUCAAGCUCAUUAUGCCGCACCUUUGACCUUUAUUUGCAUAACACCCUUUAAGUAUGUGUGCGAUUUGUAACCAGUCUCUCCCGAGCCGUACGUUACUUCAUUGUAAAAUUUGCAUUUGUAGGUGUCUCAAACCGUGUCUCCCGUCAAAUGUAUACAUUCUGCUUCUGAAUUGUCAUGUUGCGAAAUACUAAGCAGGGAAAUUGAGGACCUCAAAGAGAGAGUUACACAGAAUGAAGAUUUUAGACGGGGAGUGUUUGAGGAGGUGAGAGAUCAGCGUAAGUUCGUUCAGUCUCAUCUAACUGACAUUUCCCGGCUCAGAAUUGAAAUUAGAACUAUGCAGCAAGACCUUGUUGAUUUGCGAAAUGAACACAACCGGUUAAACGACGAAGUCAAACGUCUUCUUGCCCAAGAUGAUCCAUUUCGUAUUCGCCACGACCUAAUAAAUUUAAUAACAAGAAUGCAAGUUACCCAAAGUAAGAUGCAAAUAUUGGAGAACCGAUCGCAGUCUCUUGAGACGAUGGUCGGUCAGCUAGCUGGCGAAAUAGAGAAGUUAUUCGUGCCUUAUGGACCUGAUGUGGUACAGAGUACCCCAAGAGUUAUGCAAAAUAAAGGGCAAUUUAACUCAGAUUUUAUAAUAGAAGACAGUGCAAAAGUGUCAGAUAGCUGCGUGAAAAGUUGAAGUUCAAAUGUACAUAGUAGAUGUGAAUGUGGGCAAAAGAAGAUUGAACUCCCGAAUGAGAAUGGUCGGCUUGUUAAGGAUUCCCGGCUUUUUUCUUGCAAAAAAGGAUAUUUUAUAUAUUUGGCCAGUGGUAAGAGAUGAGCAGCAAGGAGAUAGUGAUUGCAUCGUGACUAAAUUAGCUUGAACUAAGGUUGUGAAGUUUCUCUUUAGUAAGUGUGUAUUAGAUUUUGAUAUCAAUACAAAAAUGAUACAAUAGCAUAGUGAACCGCAUGUUAGAAGUUUGCGCGUAGGUCUCUUUAACUGUUUUAGCUACUGUAUUUUAUUUGGCAUGGUAUUAAAUAGUUGUGUAUUGCCUUAAGUGGUACACCGUACUAUAGAAUAUCCAACUUGUCCACAAUAUUUUUUUGUUAUGCACUCUCAUCUUUUGGCGCGUGCAUGUGCUCGAAAAACUUAAGGUGACUUGAGAGAUAUUCUACGGUAUACUACGAGAAAGUGUUGCGUAGCUAGUAUUUAGAUACUCGUACAAAUACAGAUAAUAUAAUAUAUAAUAUACAGAUAAUGUAGAUUUAUAUAUAUAUAUAUUUAACAAAUAGAUCCCAAGUUGCCGUGCG